AUGAGUUGCGGGUUUGUUACUUGUGGUCCCAACGAGGCUCUUGUUGUUUCAGGAUGCUGUUAUGGCAAACCGCUCCUUGUACCUGGAGGGAGAGUAUUUGUAUGGCCGGUUGUUCAACAAGUACAAAAAAUUUCAUUAAAUACUAUGACAUUACAAGUUGAGAGUCCUACUGUUUACACUUGUCAAGGUGUACCUAUUUCAGUUACUGGAAUUGCACAGGUGAAAAUUCAAGGACAAAAUGAAGAAAUGUUAUCAACAGCUUGCGAACAAUUUCUCGGAAAAAAUGAAGAUGAAAUUCACAACAUCGCCCUGGUAACACUUGAGGGCCAUCAGCGUGCAAUAAUGGGCAGCAUGACAGUAGAAGAAAUUUAUAAAGACCGUAAGAAAUUCAGCAAAGAAGUAUUCGAAGUCGCGAGUAGUGACCUUGUCAACAUGGGAAUCACAGUAGUGUCAUACACUCUGAAAGAUAUUCGCGACGAAGAGGGUUAUUUAAAAGCCCUCGGUAUGGCACGAACAGCAGAAGUAAAACGAGAUGCGCGAAUUGGAGAAGCUGAAGCACGAAGAGAUGCGCAAAUGCGUGAAGCUAUCGCUGAAGAACAACGCAUGGCCUCACGUUUUCUCAACGACACUGAAAUUGCUAAAGCACAACGAGAUUUUGAAUUGAAAAAAGCUGCUUAUGAUGUCGAAGUUCAAACAAAGAAAGCAGAAGCAGAAAUGGCGUUUGAGCUGCAAGCAGCCAAGACAAAGCAGCGGAUCAUGGAAGAACAGAUGCAGGUUAAAGUUAUCGAGCGUGGUCAAGAGAUUGCCGUGCAAGCUCAAGAAAUGGUGCGUCGCGAGCGCGAGUUAGACGCGACAGUAAAACGUCCAGCCGAUGCGGAGAAGUACCGCCUAGAGAAAAUGGCCGAGGCUAACAAACUGAGACUCGUAAUGGAGGCCGAAGCUGAGUCUGAAGCGAUCAGGAUUCGCGGAGAGGCUGAAGCUUUUGCUAUUGAAGCUAAGGCCAAGGCCGAGGCUAGUCAGAUGGCCAAAAAAGCCGCUGCUUGGAAUGAAUACGGGCAUGCUGCUAUGGUCGACAUGAUGCUUGAAACUCUACCAAAGGUCGCCGCUGAAGUAGCUGCUCCUUUAUCUCAAGCGAAGAAGAUCACCAUGGUUUCUAAUGGCUCUGGAAGCAUCGGAGCUGAAAAGCUUACUGAAGAAGUUCUUAAUAUUGUUACGCGUGUUCCUGAAUUAGUUAAAACUCUAGCUGGAGUCGACAUUGCUAAGGUAAUUUUUAAUUACAAUUAA